AUGGCCGCCCAACACUACCGCAAAAUAGAGCUGCAAUCCCCAGCAGACUUCACCUUCCUAUACGCAAACACAGUCGGUCUCUCGCGCCAAAAACUCGACCUGAACCUUCCCCCGUCCGCAACAAACGAUGACGCCCCAGAUCCAAUGCGCGAACGCGUCCGGGAAUUGGUUGAUGAGUACAUAAACGACACAUUCAUGACAGCGGCAUCCUCUAUAAGCAUUAACGGCAUUGAGGCCUCGCAUCCACAAUUCCCCUUCCCAGCUGCAUUUACAGCAACAGAAACAGUCGAAUACGAACAAUUUGACUCGGACCUUGCAUCGCGUGUCUCGGCUCUAUAUGCUCAACUUGAGUCUCUUACUACGAGCGUUGCACAAUUGCGACGGGAUGCGCCGCGACAAGCGGCAAGGGCAUAUGCGAAGGAGUUGAAUCGGGUUAUUGAGGAUGAAGGGUUUGAGGAAGAGGAGGAAGAGGAAGAGGCUGAUACUAUGGAGGAAGACAAAGCAGAGGAAAUGGAUGUGGAUAAGGAUGGAGCCAAUGGAUCUACGAAACACAACAAGGAUGGCGAGCGGAUACCGCUUAAUGACUCCUUACGAAAACGUAAACGGCCUGAUCCUAAGUGGGAAUUGGAGAUUCCAUUGGGGACUGAGGAGGAGGCGGAGAGGUGGCGAAGUGGGGAUAUGGCUGAUGUUUAUGGGAGCGCGCUGAGGACUUUGCAACGCUUGCAGGGGGAAGAGAGUGUUGAGGAGGGAACCGAGGGUAAUGCCUUGGCUACUACGGUUGGGAAGGCUGAGAGGGCUGGACGGGCGGCGGAUGUUGUUGAGCAUAUGUAG